UGUCAUGGCGCCUUGUCCCAGGGCGUUGCGCCUGCGCAGUGGCGGCGGGAGAGUAGGGAAUCUGAGCGUGUUUGUCGGUUUCUCCGCCCACUUCUUCCGACAUGAACGUUGAGAAUUUCGGCGCUAGCGAGAGGCUGGUGAACGCGGCCUACGUGCGGCAGGGGGCGCAGGGCCGGCGCGCGCAUGAGUUGCGCCUGCGGGCGUUGCUGGAGCAGGGGAAGUGUCCUGAAGAUGGAUGGGAUGAAAGUACCAUCGAACUCUUUCUUCAUGAACUUGCCAUUAUGGAUAGCAACAAUUUUCUGGGCAACUGUGGUGUGGGUGAGAGGGAAGGAAGAGUGGCAUCAGGAAUGGUUGCCCGUCGGCAUUACAGGUUAAUCCAUGGAAUUGGAAGGUCAGGGGAUAUUUCUGCUGUCCAGCCUAAAGCUGCAGGUUCUAGCCUUUUGAACAAACUUACUAAUUCAGUAGUUCUGGACAUUAUAAAGCUGGCUGGUGUCCGAACAGUGACCAAUUGUUUUGUGGUUCCUAUGGCAACUGGCAUGAGUCUAACCCUGUGUUUCUUAACACUGCGGCACAAGAGACCAAAGGCAAAGUAUAUUAUUUGGCCACGCAUAGAUCAGAAAUCCUGCUUUAAAUCUAUGAUAACUGCAGGUUUUGAGCCAGUGGUGAUAGAGAAUGUAUUAGAAGGUGAUGAGCUGCGCACAGACAUAAAGGCGGUAGAGGCUAAAAUCCAGGAUCUUGGAGCUGAAAAUGUUCUCUGUGUUCAUUCUACUACAUCUUGCUUUGCUCCAAGGGUACCUGACAGACUGGAAGAACUGGCUGUGAUUUGUUCUAAUUAUGACAUUCCUCAUAUUGUCAACAAUGCAUAUGGAGUUCAGUCUUCAAAAUGUAUGCAUCUCAUCCAGCAGGGUGCUCGAGUAGGUAGAAUAGAUGCUUUCAUCCAGAGCUUGGACAAAAAUUUUAUGGUUCCAGUAGGUGGUGCUAUCAUUGCUGGCUUCAGUGAUUCCUUCAUCCAGGAUAUCAGCAAGAUGUACCCCGGAAGAGCGUCAGCAUCUCCUUCCUUAGAUGUCCUCAUUACCCUACUGUCCCUGGGUGACAGUGGCUACAGACAGCUACUAAAAGAGAGAAAGGAAAUGUUUUCCUACCUUUCAAGUCAGCUGAGGAAGCUAGCAGAAGUCUACAAUGAGAGGCUGUUGAACAUACCACACAAUCCUAUUUCCUUAGCUAUGUCUCUAGAGAAUCUAGAUAAACACAGUGACAUGGCUGUUACUCAGCUUGGAUCUAUGCUUUUCACAAGACAAGUUUCAGGAGCAAGGGUGGUUCCCCUUGGGUCCUUGCAAACAGUGAAUAACUACACUUUCAAAGGCUUUAUGUCACAUACAAAUAACUAUCCCUGUGCUUACCUCAAUGCUGCUUCAGCAAUUGGAAUGAAAAAGCAAGAUGUAGACCUGUUCCUAAAAAGACUGGAUAAGUGUAUGAAGACAUUUAGAAAAGAAAAGAGCAGUAGAAAAGAUGUGCCUGAAAUGGAUAACUGUACUAAACAUACAAGUGUGGGAGAGACUGAAGAUUAGAGGAUUUUGGAACACACAAAGUUUGGUCUGUGUGUUUGUUUUUGGGGGGGGUUGUUUGUUUUUUGGAUUGUGUGACGUUUGUAUCCUGUUUGUAUUGUGGAAUAUGCAAUACAAGGAGUGGAAAUUUAAAUUUAAAAAAAACUUGGAUGAAAUUCAGAUUUUAAAAAAAUUAUUGGGUAACAUUCACCGCUGUGCAGACAGCAAACCACAAGGCUUUUGCACCUCUUAAAAACCCACUCAAGUACUCAAAUAGGGCUUAAAUGGUAUGAAGGCUCUAAUGUGGGUCUUUCUCUAGAAAUGAAUUUGCCCCAUUGUGAUUGGAGUUGGACAAAUAUCUGAAGAACAUUUCAAUGAAUAUUGAUUAAUAUUUUAAACUGGAUUUGCUUUAGCAGUGUUUUGUAUCCCUUCUGAUUUUGUUAUUGGUGUUCAUUUCGCAAACAGUCCUUUUUUGCUCACAAAAAUGUCUCUGGAAUGAGUGUUCAUGCAUGUGUGAGUAUUUGCUCAUGAGUGCAUUCACGGCCAUUUCCUGCUACAUCUCUUUAUGGGCAUGGAUAUUAUUAAAUGAAAUUUUAAAAUAAUGUGAGCAUGAGAUACAAUGGGGAGAAAUGGUUUUUCCAAGUUCCUUUCCCAAUAGUAAUUUGAACAGCUGAAAACAGGAGCCACGUGUUUGAAGUCUGUACAUGUUCUUAUCCAGGGAUCACCAUGGAAAGGCACAGACUCCCUAUGGCAAAGGGAAAUCUACAAGGGAGUGUAACAGAGCAAUUUACAAGGAUUCAGCCAAUCCUCAGCCCCUGGAAAGACUUUCUGGGUUGAACAGUCUCACAGGAAGCAUAUGGGGGUAAACAGCAAGGAAAGAAGGGGGCUGCAGUAGAAAGGCAGUGAAAUGGGAAGAUCUCCCCUUCCUCUUGCGUUUUGAUUUAUGCCUUAAUAAUUGCUCUCCUGAAUAGGAGAAAUCAGCAGACCUGAAGUAAUGGGAGAUUGGUUCUCCUAUGGGUCCUAAGGAGGAACAGCAGAUA